GCUUCCAUGGCCGUCUUUCGGGCCCCGAAAUUCGCCGUCGAUGCGGCGGUCUCGACUUCCGGCCGUCCGGCCACCCGUCUGUCCGUCCGUUGGCCCGUCCGGAGGGGGAUCAGAUAAACACGACGGUCGGCCGUACGUAGCGACUGCCGAGGGAGCGAGCAGCGACGCUACCGUGUCCGGAAGUGCGUGGCGAUGUUGGCGGAAGAGGGUGCACCUAAAUACACUGGGGGAGAAUCGGACGGCGCGGAGGCGUGGCAGCCAGGCCGAGGGGCGGCGAUCGAACGGCGCACCGGGGAAGGCGGAUGGAGCUCAGCCGACUACGUUACUUGGCUGCGAAGGAGGCCGUCGUCGUCGUCCACUGUCGUCCCGACGCUGCUGGCGCUUGCGGACGCAGAAAGCGGAGGCAGAAGUUGGCGUUGGCGUUGGCGUUGUUGGGCUGGGGGUGCGUUGUUGUCGUUGCUCGUGUUCAUGCGCAGCAGCAGCAGCAUCAGGAAAAAGAUCAAUAUUCCUCCCUCCCUCUGCCUCUCUCAGAAUUUGUGCGAGAGAGUAUUGCUCGCAUUGGCGACUGCCUCCCUGCCUCGCUGCCCUGUCUUUCUGCCUCUCUGAUCUGCAGCUUCUUCUUCUUCUUCUUCUUCUUCUACUGCCUUGCGCACUACCUCCCCUUUCUUUCUUUCCUCCCAUCGCUGUCGCUGCUGCUGCUGCUGGUGUUGGUGCUGGCGGGCUGGUUUGGUGCUGGUGCUCAGGGGUGCUCUGGCUGUCCCCUUCUCCGCCUUUUUCCCCGUAGUCUACUCUGCUGGAACUGCUGCUGCCUCUACUAGUACUACUACUACUUCCAGGCCUUUCCCUCUAUCUGUCCGUUCUCUUUUUUUCUCUACGCACUGUGAGGAGAGAAGGGGUGAGGUGGUGGUGGUGGUGGUGCGUGCGUGCGGGAAGGAGGGAGGUGGCAUCGGCGCUUUCAUCUCUUUUAUUUUCUUACUGAUCGUCCGUCUCUUGGUCGCGGACACACGCACAACUACAGACACUCAGUAGGACCGAGGGAGGGCAGGAAGGAAGGAAGGAGGGAAGGAAGGAAGAAAGGAAGGAACGAAGGCGGGUUUCUGCACUUAUUUGGUUUUCUCUCCAGGGGACGCACGCAGAGCAGGAUGAAGAUAUCGGUGAAGACACUCAAGGGCAACCACUUUGAUCUCGACGUUAGCCCGUCCGAUACGGUUAUUGCUGUAAAGAAACAGAUAGAAGAUACGCAAGGAAGAGAACUCUUCCCCUGUGCUCAACAGCUCCUUAUUCACCAAGGGAAAGUGCUGAAAGAUGAGACGACUAUGGAUGACAAUAAGGUUUCUGAAAAUGGAUUUCUCGUGGUCAUGCUGACCAAGACGAAGUCAGCUCCAGCAGCGCCGCCAACAUCCUCUUCUUCGGCUCCUGCACCAGCCCCAGCUGCUGCACCUCCUCCCGCAGCAGCCCCUACUGCUGCGCCAGCUCCGUCUCCCCCGCCAGCUCCCACGCCUCAUGCAGCACCGGCCCCUCCUGCAGUCGCUCCUGGCUCUGCCCCUCCACCCCCUGGCUCUGCUGCUGCUGCUGCCGCAGCAGCUCUUGCGGACCCCUAUGGUUUAGCUGCCUCAAACCUUGUCGCGGGUACGAAUCUUGAGCAAACUAUUCAACAAAUUAUUGACAUGGGAGGUGGAAGCUGGGACAGAGACACUGUUGUACGAGCUCUACGGGCUGCUUACAAUAAUCCUGAGCGAGCUGUGGAAUAUUUAUAUUCUGGAAUUCCCGAAGCUGCCGAAGUUGCAGUUCCGGUGGCUCGAGGCCCUGCUCCACCUCAAGGGACAGGGGUUGCCCCAGCAGCUGUGCCACCUCCUGCAGCAGCUGCCCAACCAGCACCCCCUGUUGGUGGUCCUAAUGCAGCUCCCCUAGAUCUUUUCCCUCAGGGUAUCCCAGGUAUUGGCGGCCCAGGUGCCGGUGCAGGUGCUCUGGAUUUUCUACGAAACAACGCGCAGUUUCAAGCUUUGAGGACCAUGGUUCAAGCGAAUCCACAAAUUUUGCAGCCUAUGCUCCAAGAGCUUGGAAAGCAGAACCCGCAAUUGCUGCGUCUCAUUAAUGAGAAUCAGCCCGAAUUUCUACGUCUUAUCAACGAACCAGGCGGUGAAGGUGGUGAAGGAGACUUGCUUGGUCAGCUUGCAGGAGCCAUGCCUCAAUCUAUAAACGUCACCCCAGAGGAGAGGGAAGCUAUUGAUCGGCUUGAGGCCAUGGGAUUUGAACGAAACCUUGUUAUCGAAGCCUUCCUAGCAUGUGACAAGAAUGAGCAAUUGGCCGCAAACUACCUACUGGAACACGCUGGGGAUUAUGACGACUAAGAUCAGUGAAAGUUAACAAUAUUUGUGACCUUAUCGGCGGUGUAAGAGAAGAUGUGGUUAGAAGUCUGUUAGCUGCUCUCGUUCCCUUGGCCAUGUCUUUCGGCCAGUACUAUGCAACUUUAGUUUACUGCGGACUCACCCUUUUCCGGAUGCCAUCUCCUCGUAGAGAUAGAAGGCAAUCAUGGGGUACAAGCAUUUAGAUUAUGGUGUGGGUUGCUUUGCUAGGACUGUGCUGCACCAUCUUCAGCUUGUGUUGUCAAAUUCUUAGGGAGUUGUUUGUUAUAUUUGUUUCACGUUCCCUAAUGAGUGUAGAUUGCCACACAUGCCUGUGGCAGAUUAAGGAACUAGGAGCAGAUCUCCCUUGAGCGUAUAUUGUUUCGUCAGUAGCUUGGUAAAUAAUGCGUUUCUGCUCUGUCUAGCAUGCUGCGCUUAAAGAAGGGCUGUAAUGAGAGUAGCUAAAAGGCUGGUUGCCCAGCAACAUCCUGCCAAUGUUUGCAAUCUCGAUAACACAGUGCGCUGUAUAGCUGGACAAAUGAAGCUUACCAAACUCUUCUACGUAGUGAAACCUGUGGAAGAUAAAGUUGGUCAUGUUAUUUUAAUUCAGAGCUUUAUGUGAUUGCUCCUUCUGGGGAGGAGGGCUGUCUCUUAGUCUUAGUUGACUCCACACAGCGGCCACUAAUAGGUUGAUUAACUUUUUCAAUGUCAACUCGCUGCCGCGUAGAGUAUUUUUCUGUACAGCGGAGCAUAUUUGCCUGGUGGAUGUAAAGUCUGAUUUGAGUUCUUGUUGAAUCGCACUUGGCGUUGAAAUGGUGAUCUUUCGAAUUUGUCGG